GGAAUCGCAGAUGAAAUUGGCGUCGAUCUUGGCAAGUUGGCAUUUCUCAAUAUCUUCUAUGAGCUGUCACGCUUCUGCACAUCCAUUGUUGCACAGCCACCCGGCAACAGGGACAUGUACCAUGCGAGGAACCUCGACUUUGGUCAGUUCUUUGUAUGGAAUAUCGCUGCUCAGUCUUGGGACCUCACUGAAUCUCUCAAAAAAGUCACAAUGAAUCUGAACUUUGUUCGUAACGGUACCUUAUUAUUCAAAGGCACAACCCUAGCUGGGCACGUCGGUAUACUUACAGGAAUGAAACCCAACGCUUUCUCGCUCUCGAUGAACGCUAAAGUGGAACCGGACAUCGGGAACAUCAUUCAGUGGCUCAACGGAAAUCGUUCCAACAUCGAAUUCGCCAUGUACUUCGACAGAAAACUCUUCGAGGAGGCAAACACCUUCCAAGAGGCUCAACAAUUCAUCUACAAUGUUCAGCUUCUUUCGGGAGCCUAUUUUAUCCUGGGAGGCAACAAACCAGGUAACUAA